AUGGCGUCUAGACUAUCGGCCGAAUGCCUCAUGAAAAUUAUCGGGAAAUUCGGCUACGAAAGCUGGUCCGAGGAAAAUGACUUCACCACCUUGUUUUCGUGUUCAAUGGUGAAUCGUGAAUGGUGCAAAAUUGCGAUUCCCAUUCUUUGGAGGUUCCCCAUUGAAUGGUUAACUUUGCCGCCAAGUGAGAUAACCGGUCGAUUCUCACCGUUGGUGGCGACCUACAUUCAAUGCUUGCCAAAAGAGACUAGGGACGAACUCGCAAAAUCAAAUAUUCUCUCGACAGAAUCAAUUUACGAACAACCGAUCUUUGAUUAUCCGUCAUUUCUGCGAAGGUUUAACUACGUAUGGUUCGAGUACGCCAUCGAAUUGUUCCUUCUCAAAAGGAACACUUCGUCGAGUAAGACUAAUCGAGAGAUUCACAAGCUUCACACCUUUCUGAUCCUGGAGAAUUUCUGUAAACUGUUCAUGGAGAGAUGCACCAAACUAGAAUACCUCGAAUUCAUUUGUCCUUACGGAUGUGACUUUGAUACCAAGUCUUUUGUAUGUCUACCCUCAUUGCCUUACGCCUCGAGUUCACUCCGAAAUCUUACCAGCUUUUCGUGCAAAGGCUGCACUCAAUCGAACAUCAUGCAUGAGAUGGCAAAAUUCUGUGUAUUCAUCGAGAAUUUUCGCGUGGAAUGUUUAUGUCAGGAUAAUGAUGGUUUGGCAACCUUGAUCGAAGCUCAAAGAGGAAUAAAGGUUUUAUGCUUGAGGGGCGAUUUCUAUCGAUCCCCAGUGGACAUCCCGAAACUGCAAAAGGCAAUCGGCAGUAGACUUAGCAACCUCAAUAUGCUCGAUAUGUUUCCAAUUUGUUUGCCAUUAAACAUUUUUGCCCCAUGCGAAAAGCUGAGCUACCUAUCAUUUUCAGUACGAUUCAAGGAGGAGACAAUAGAGAUGGACUCUUUUGCCAACUCGCAUUUUCCGAACCUCGAAUUUGUGAAGGCGAAAUUUAGCAUCAUGAGGAUUGGGCAACUUACAUCAUUGCUUAAAAACACCAAUGGUCAGAUCACAAGGAUCUCGGUGAAAUACAAGAGUCUCCUGGAUCCAACUUGCACAUCCUCUUAUGUCACGACACUUGUCAAUCAUUUUCCGAAUUUGCAAGAAUAUUCUGGCCCAUUUCCAAGUGAUCAUAUAUCCCAAUUAACAUGUUUAUUUAAGAAUUGCGUUCACCUCACCCACUUGAAAAUUUGCAAUAGUCAUGAAGAGGAUGUCCCCGCAAAUUUAAAAUUCCAUUCCAUCAGUGAGAUAUUACAAAAUCUUGGGAAUCUGGUCCCACCAAAAUUGAAAAAAUUCUCCCUACCAUCCAAUUGGACUUAUUCUCCCGAGGCUUUGGAAAGCUUCUUUAAGUCGAUUGAAGGAAGAUCCAUAAAGUUAUUGGAUUUUCAGAUAAAGUUAUAUUUAAACGAGAUAAAUAACAAGGAUAUUCACGACGUUCUGUUCAGAUACAUCAACAGAGGGGUCAUAAUGGAUUACAGUAGACGGUAUGUUUCAUUCUCUUUCUUUGUCUGUGGUUGA